GACGUCAUGACGUACAACGUCAUUACGUUGUAUUAGUACGUCCCGCGCGGGAGCUUUGGUUAGGAAACAGUCGACUUUGAGGGAAACAAGAAGGCAGCAGAUCAUGGCUAUGAGGAGCGAGGCCAGGGUGGAGACAGAGGUGGAGGAGGAAGAAAACUUCGGGCCACAGCCUCUGAGCAGACUGGAGCAAUGUGGAAUUAGUGCCAGUGACAUCAAGAAACUGGGAGAAGCAGGUUUCCACACCAUCGAGGCCGUGGCCUACGCACCCAAGAAGGAGCUGCUCAACAUCAAAGGCAUCAGUGAGGCCAAAGCUGACAAAAUUCUAACUGAAGCUGCCAAACUUGUGCCCAUGGGUUUCACCACAGCUACUGAGUUCCACCAGAGGAGGGCAGAGAUCAUCCAGAUCUCUACAGGCUCCAAGGAGCUCGACAAACUGCUGCAGGGUGGGAUUGAGACAGGCUCCAUCACAGAGAUGUUUGGAGAGUUUCGGACGGGGAAGACCCAGCUGUGCCACACACUCGCUGUCACCUGUCAGCUGCCCAUCGAUCAGGGGGGUGGAGAAGGAAAAGCAAUGUACAUUGACACAGAGGGAACCUUCAGACCAGAGAGACUCCUCGCCGUAGCUGAGAGGUACGGGCUGGUAGGCAGUGAUGUUCUGGACAACGUGGCCUACGCCCGAGCCUUCAACACAGACCAUCAAACCCAGCUGCUGUACCAAGCCUCCGCCAUGAUGGCUGAGUCCAGGUAUGCUCUGCUGAUAGUGGACAGUGCCACAGCUCUGUACAGAACAGACUACUCAGGCAGAGGAGAGCUGUCGGCCAGACAGGGGCACCUGGGACGCUUCCUCCGCAUGCUACUCCGGCUGGCAGACGAGUUUGGCGUUGCUGUGGUGAUAACCAACCAGGUGGUAGCACAGGUGGAUGGGGCAGCCAUGUUUUCUGCAGAUCCUAAGAAACCAAUCGGAGGCAACAUUCUGGCUCACGCCUCCACCACACGUCUGUACCUGAGGAAAGGCAGAGGAGAGACGAGGAUCUGUAAAAUCUACGACUCGCCCUGCCUGCCGGAGGCUGAAGCCAUGUUUGCCAUUAACGCUGAUGGAGUGGGUGAUGCCAAGGACUGAGCUGGCAGAGAGGCAGGAAGCCGUGGGGUGGUGUUACAUGUGACUGUCGCACCUGCCCACUCAUUCUUGGACUAAAAUGUGUGUGCAGUCCUCACCCAUAUACCACUGCCUUCACACAAAGCCUCAGACUGACGGGUCCUCAAGAGAUGAAAGUUGUAUGAUUUGGUUUGAUGCUGGCUGACGCAGAGUGGAUAAGAUGGUCCCAGCUGCAGAUGUGGACAUGGAACAUUUAGGUUUUUUUCAUACCGAAGCACAUUUCACUCAAUAAAGGGGAAAAAAAGCACUUCCCUGCAAUUACGACACAGUAUCUCAUAAUUACAAGAUCUGCUUUAUUAUGAGAUACUGCUUCAUAAUUACAAGAGUUAGUUUCUCCUUAAUUACACAAACAUCUCGUGAGAAUGAGGUCUUUAUCAUCUAAUUAAAAAAUCAGUUGUCUCAUAAUUACAAAAAAUAUAAAUCCUGACAUAAUUGAGAUACCUAUUAUUGAUUACUUACUAGAUCUUUAUUGCAUAAUUACCAAAUAUCUAAUAAUUAAUAAUGAGACACUGAGUCGUUACUAAAAGUAACGUCUCCAUUUUUUUUUUCCUUUAUUGAAUGCAGUGCACCUCUGUAGUUUCAUCCAUGGAGUGAGUCAAAAAAUUGUAAAAACUAUAUUUAAUAGUUUGCGAGAUCUUUCUAUUAACUUUGUGUUUACGGUGUAUCUGUUGAGUGGUGUCCUUUUUCAGUGUCUGAAAUGUUUUCUGAGAACACUGUUGAAACAUUAUUUUGCGAUCAAAGCAUUCCUACACAGCUAUACUUUUAUAUAAUUUCUCAAAUUUCACCUCUUGCCAGCUACACCAUUAGUUAUGUCCCUCCUUUGUUUGUCUUUACUAGAACCUUCUGUAUAUAAGCUUCUAAAUUAAAUUUGUUUUACUAUUAAAGUGACUUGUCUCAUCUGUUAGCAUCGUCAUCAUGGAAGGAUUUCAUGAAUUCAUUGCUGGUCUUAAAGAUGAUUACACAUGACUUGGGAAGGGUACGGUCUGCCUGUUAAACACACCUACAAGUUUACAAGACAUCAAUACAAAAAGAAUUUUAUUCAACGUUAUCCAUGAAGUGCAUAUUAAUUUUUCAUUGCAGGAUCAGAAUAUUGAGGAAAUUUAACAUGUCCACUGUUAUUUCACAGCAAAUUAACCUCAACAAGAAUAAAUCUUAAAAAAAGAAAAAGUGCCAUUAAAGUGAUGUCAAUCACAAAAUAAUAACCUGCUGAUGUAGUGCAGCUUCACUGUCACUUAGAAAAAUAACAGGAAUGUAAAAACACUCAUAGUUAAAAGGCAGCAAAUACACUGGAGGGGGAAAAUGAAGUUACCAAAAAUUCUUGAAGACAAGAGGUCUCUUUGUAAACUGAUAUUUUGGUAUAAUUUUGCUCUUACUAAAAGCGGCCCUCAAUUACAUGGAGAAUUUAUCACAGGGUAAGCAAUUGAUAUACAAAUGGUCAUAUAGUGGGUGAAGUAUUCAUUAAACUGAGAAAAAAUUUUUAGACUGAUAUUCUGAUCAAAAUACUACAGUGUUAAUACUAUAUCUACAUUAUGAGGGGUAAUUUAUCUCCACAAAACAAACACAUCUGUCAAAGAGUAACUGAGAUGGACCCACCAGAACAGUAAUUAGAAUAAAGGGUGUAUAAUAAAAAUAAUGUUUCAUCCAUAAAGAUAAAAGCUCAUUAGAUGUAUUUGUUACAGUGAUUCCCAACGUCCCUCUUUACCUUAAAGCUCUUAAAACAUCCCUGAUCAAACUGGAUUACCAGCUCUGUUUCCACAUAACUUUCACUAUCACAUAUAUCACUUAGAAAUGUUGUGGUGUGGCGAUAGAUUUCCAAACCACUGUAAGGGGAAUUUCUCUAAACUCCCGAAAUCCUUUGUCAAAUGUGGCAUCCUGACCCUGUCUGAGCAGGUUUGGUCCCACUGCUCUGAGGUACCUUCUUUCAAAAAUCUAGCUAAAAGAAGAUGGAACCACCCAAAUUACAGAAAAAAACAUGGUUUUAAGAUAUCUGUCUCAACAUAUAAAACCAAAACCACUUGCAUGACUGGACACCAAUUGCAGAAAGUGACUGUUAUUUUUUUGUAAUUUGGUGAACUGAUCCUUUAAAUGUUUAUGUUGAAUAAAGAAUGUGGUUCUAAAAAAAAAA